AAUCUGAAGAGAGGGAGAGAGAGAGAAAGCAAAGCUUUUAAUUAAUUCUAAGUUUGAAAAUGGAGAAAGGAGUACAGAGAUGGGUAGUGGACAUAUCAAAGUGGGACCCAUCUCCCAAUUACAUCUGCUCUGCCCUCUCUCUUCUCCCUCAACAUCAACGCUCCUUUGUUACAAGGUUUGUGAGAGUGGAGGAUAGAAAACGGGCACUUGUGAGCCGAUUGCUUCAGUAUGCUCUUGUACAUGAAGUGCUGGGAAUCCCAUUUGAUGAAAUCACCAUAAAUCGCACAUUGGAGGGCAAGCCAUAUCUGGAAAAUGAUAAUGCUGGCUUGGAAUUUCCCAAUUUUAAUUUCAAUGUAUCACAUCAUGGUGACUAUGUGGCUAUAGCAUCUGAACCUUUGUGCCUUGUAGGGUUGGACAUAGUUUCUUAUGACAUUCCCCCAAAGGAGACAGUUCUAGAAUUCAUUCAGAAAUUCUCCUCAUACUUUUCAAGUUUGGAAUGGGAUAAUAUAGUGAAUGCCGGCUCUUGUGAUGGUAUUUUGGCUGAGUUUAAUAGAUAUUGGUGUUUGAAAGAAGCAUAUGUCAAAGCAAUAGGAAGCGGACUGGCAUAUGGGUUGGACAAAGUGGAGUUUCAUCACAUUAGGUGGACCAACAUAUCUGUCAAAAUUAAUGGGGAGGAUACAAGGGAAUGGAGAUUUUGGCUUUUUGAGUUGGGGAAAGGACAUUGGGCAUCGAUUGCAAGAGGACACCCUAGAUCAGCCACUGAGAGUUACAGGAAAACAUUAAAAGGGAGUGAGUUUAAUUUAGAGGAAUUUCAUAAGGGUCUUCAUCUUCCCAAUGUAGAUUUUGUGUCACGAACUGUAGAAGAAUUAAUUUCAGUCUUGCAUGGAGAAGCUUACAAUAUACCUGGUGAUAAAAGGAAUACAUAAGAUUGUUGAAACAGAAUACAUGGAAGUUGAAGCCUAAUGGGGAUUUUGACAUCCGGUUGUAUUAUAACAAAUUAAGGGCUUCUCCCUCAAUUGUCUUUCCUUGGAAAGCUAUAUGGAGAGCAAAGGCCUCUAGGCGAGUUUCUUUUUUUGUUUGGUGUGUAGCUUGGAAUAAGAUCUUAACGGGAUUGGAUUUUGUGGACUAGUGCAUUGUGUGCCGACAUUCUGGAGAGACGAUAGAUCACUUACUUCUUCAUUGUGAGAUAGCUUAUUGGUUAUGGAGUUUUGUCUUUAAAACUUUUGGCUUGUCUUGGGUUAUACUUAGAUCAAUCCCAGAUUUGCUUUUUGGUUGGUGGAAUUGGUUGGGGAAGCAUUCAUCUCAGAUUUAGAACUUACUUCUGUUGUGCAUCCUAUGGUGUAUUUGGAAGGAACGGAAUUGGCGGACUUUUGAGGAUUUGGAUAGUUCCGGUGAUCGGAUACUUGCUUCUUUUAGUGGAACUCUUUUUGAUUGGUCUCGGGCAUGGGGACUCACGACUAGUGAUUCUCUCCCUUCUUUUCUUAGCUCUCUUU